GCAACCAACAUCACCAAGAUGCUAAACUUACCCGCCCUGGCCUCUCUCCCUGACACACUCUCAUUUCUCGUUCCUCCGGAUGCAGAGCGAAAGCCUUGUCCACUAUGGUUCGAACCAGUGUUCAUCCUGAGCUGCACUGUUGUGUUUCUCCAAACUAGUCGGUUGGUCCGCGUAUCAUGGUACCUGGGCGUUGUGCUGCCGCUGGCUACGCAAAUGUUGCAGUAUAGCAAGGGCAACCGAAUCGACAACUAUGUCGCCGGUCUUAACAUCCCAAUGAUGGUCGUCCGUGUGCUUGACCUUGCACUCUGUCAUGAGCCGCAGCGGGAGUUCUGGAAGGGCCGUGGAAGUGCAUCGAAGGAGGAGAAUGAGGGCAAGAGCUGGCCUCAGGGUAUCCUUGCCAGGGUUCUAUGGGCGUUUAACUUGCUCGUUUCCCCGCGCGCUAUUGGGUGGAAUAUUCAGGCUAAAAAUGUGUCGACUGAUUCUUAUCAAGGCCGUGGGAAAUUUCAUUUCAUUCGCAAGCGUCUUAUCGACUCCAUAGUUGCCUUUCUAAUCCUUGACAGCAUCACCUACUUGCGGCGCACAGUCGCAGCGCCCAUAUUCCAAUCCCAAUCAUUCUGGGACAUCCCCCUACAGUACCAGAUACUCUGCAGCUGGCUGAGCGGCUAUCAGAUAUACAACCUGCUCACUAUGCAGUACAACCUAGCAGCAAUCGUAACGACAGUGCUCGGAAUCUGCGAACCAGCCGACUGGCCGCCGUUAUUCGGAAGCUUCCUCCCCAGUAACCUCUGGUCCAUUCGGCGCCUCUGGGGAAGUUCAUGGCACCAGAUGGUGCGGAGAAUGUGUAACUUCUCCGGCGGACUUGCCUGCGAUUUGACGCUUGCAAAAAGAGGAACUUUACGGCGCCGAUACACUGAUUUGUACGCGGCAUUUGGCUUCUCGGCUUUGAUCCAUAGUAUCGGAAGCCUUUUUCUCCGCAGUGAAGGACAUGCGUUCUAUCAGGGUGUGUUCUAUAUUAUGCAGCCGUUCAUGAUCACAUUGGAGGAUUUUGUGAUUUAUCUGGGAAAAUCCGUGGGGUUGCGGCAGAGUCGCUUUACUGAAUACUUUGGAUUUGCUUUCGUUGGUGUUUGGAUCUCCUUUUCCUUCCGUUACAUGGCUGCAGCAGAGAGCGCUUGUAAUUGGGACCUGGAAAUCCCGCUGCCUUUUAGUAUUGUUGCUCAGUUGCAUCAAUACUAUCUGGCGUUGAACUGAGAAAUUUGGUUCAGGAUUGGCGAUGCAUAGUUCUGUUGUGUUGCAAACGAGUUUAUUCAGUGUCGAUGUGAAGACGCUAGAACUGGGGGAAAUGGUGGGUUAGAUAGAUAGAUUGCUGUUGAUGGUGAAGAUAGGCGAGAAAAGAGAUACAGGAGUCUUGAAUACAUCGUGACAGUGGUAUCGAUGACGCCAUGGAUCUUUUUAUUUUCAGUUACUCGGCUUCUGGUCUCCCCUCUGAUGUCGUCCCUCCAAUAAAGGCUUCAUGUGUUCGUGCAAGACGGAGUUACAUGAAAUUUACCUCUGCGAAUCAAUACCUAAAUGAAUGAACUUGGACAGGUACCGGA